AUGGGUUGUUGUCAAUCCUUGUGCCCGGGUGAAAAUCCGCUUGGGAAAGAUGGAACUCAGCCGCUGCAACCGUCUAAAAACCAAGGCGGCGGUGCUACGGCGGCUGCUGGACUCGAUAACGGCGGAAUCGGAGGCGGCGGAGCUGGUGGUGUAGUCGGAGGAGGAGGAGGAAUCCCGUCUUUCUCUGAGUUCUCUUUCGCUGACCUCAAAGCAGCCACCAACAACUUCAGCUCCGACAACAUCGUAUCAGAGAGCGGCGAGAAAGCCCCAAAUCUUGUCUACAAAGGCCGACUUCAGAACCGUCGCUGGAUCGCCGUCAAGAAGUUCACGAAGAUGGCUUGGCCUGAUCCUAAACAAUUCGCGUAUCUUUCACUAUCCAAUGUUUGCCCCAUUACAGGGAAUUGGAGAGAGUUGGUUUAUGUUAUAGUGUUGUGCUGGGAAAAUCAGACUAUUGAAUGGGCUAUGAGGUUGCGAGUAGGAUAUUACAUAGCUGAAGCUUUGGAUUAUUGUAGUACCGAAGGUCGUCCUUUGUACCAUGAUUUAAAUGCUUACAGGGUUCUCUUUGAUGAGGAUGGUGAUCCUCGCCUCUCAUGUUUCGGCUUGAUGAAGAACAGUCGGGAUGGAAGAGUGACACCUGAAAGUGUUACUUACAGCUUUGGAACUGUGCUUCUGGAUUUACUUAGCGGAAAGCAUAUCCCUCCAAGCCAUGCUCUGGAUAUGAUACGUGGCAAGAAUAUUAUUCUGUUGAUGGAUUCACACCUCGAAGGAAAGUUCUCAACAGAAGAAGCUACCGUAGUUGUGGAACUCGCCUCUCAAUGCUUGCAAUAUGAGCCUCGAGAGAGACCCAACACAAAAGAUCUCGUCGCUACACUUGCACCGUUGCAAACUAAAUCAGACGUCCCUUCUUAUGUAAUGCUUGGAAUAAAGAAGCACGAGGAGGCACCAUCGACGCCGCAGAGGCCACUUUCACCGUUAGGUGAGGCUUGCUCGAGAAUGGAUCUCACAGCUAUUCAUCAGAUUUUGGUCAUGACACAUUACAGAGACGACGAAGGGACAAACGAGUUAUCUUUCCAAGAAUGGACACAGCAGAUGAAAGAUAUGCUUGACGCACGGAAACGCGGUGAUCAAGCUUUCCGUGAGAAAGACUUCAAAAACGCCAUAGACUGCUACUCACAGUUCAUCGACGUAGGAACAAUGGUAUCUCCAACAGUAUUUGGGCGGCGAAGUCUAUGCUAUUUACUAUGCGACCAACCAGACGCAGCACUACGCGACGCAAUGCAAGCGCAAUGCGUGUAUCCUGACUGGCCAACGGCUUUUUACAUGCAGUCAGUGGCAUUGGCGAAGCUGAACAUGAACACUGACGCUGCCGAUAUGUUGAACGAAGCUGCUCAGCUCGAAGAGAAGAGACAACGAGGAGGCAAAUGA